AUGACUGAUAUCAAUCCGGUUAAAUGUGUGGAACAUGUCAUUCGAUUUUGUUUAAAACAUCAGUUAUGUGUUAAAUAAAUUAUUAUGUAAAUAAAUAAAUAGUUACCUAUAGGCUGUAGAUAAAACAUUAAAAAAUUUGUUGUUUUGUUAAAGCUCCUCGGGUUUUUGUCAAAAUGGAUGUGGAGAUAUCUAAUGACAAAAUUAUAAAAGAAAUACCAGUGUAUUUAAGUGAUGAUUUGAGACAUUUAAUCUUAUUGCACUAUCCCACAAGACUAACGAAAAAUGAUCAAUUGUUAUCGUCAACUGUUACUCAAUGUAAAUAUAAAGCGGAAUGUCAAGAAUUGGAAUUAGGUUAUGCGCUAGAUACAGAUUUGAAUUACGAUAAAGCUCAUGGCCAGGAACUAGCAGUUGAAGCGAGUGGCUCAAAUCCCAAGGAUAAAAGCAUAUAUGCGAGUGGAAUGGUUGAUCAUUUAAGUUUUGAGUCACACGCUAUUACAUCGAAUACAGUCGACAUGAUUAUGUAUGCUUCUGGGAAAAGUAUGCAUUUGUGUCCGUUAAAAAAAAAUGUCAACAUGUUACCUAAAUUAAGUCACAUUGACAAAAUUGAUCCAAAAAAUGAUAGUAAAAGAGUAUCUCAAGAGCAAAAUGAAGCAUCGGAAGAAGAAGAUGAAGAAAGUGAACAGAUCAUGGCCAAGUUUAAAGAUAGACCUGGAAAAAAAAGUGAAAAGAAAAAAAUGCAAGAAAUGGUUAAACAAAGAGCGAUGGAACCUUGGUUAAAUUUGAAUUUUGUGCCUAACGGCCAAUAUUAUUCUAGGAUCGAAUUAGACAAGUUCAUGCAACCUAAAUCAUCCGUUGUUCCUAAUAAAGAUAAAGAUACCGUUCUUGAAAUUACUACCAAAGAAAAAAGUAUAUUAAACGAAGUCGUCAAUCCAAUUAAAGCAAGACAAUUGUCUCAUGAAAAAAUAAAACAGUAUUCUUUGGAAAAUAAAAUAAAAAUACUUUUGUUUAACACUAAAAUGAUAUCAACACAAAAACUUAUGGAUCUCUUAAAAGUUUGCGGUGUUGCCGCUGACGAAAGUAUUUCUACUCUUUUGGUUCCAUUGCAAAAAGUCGCUAUGUUAGUUCGCAGCAAUUGGACAAUCAAGAGCGAAAUUCUUUAUCCGGAGAAUACAAUUUCUGUUCACUACGGGUUAUCAUUUGAAGUUAUGCGCUUCUUAAGAGACUAUAUUAUAUUUAUGUUAGACACAAAUCAGGCAGUUAAUCGGAAUUGUCUUGCGAAAAUGUUCAACGCACCAUCUGAGGAAGUUUACGACGCGAUGACAUCUGUGGCGGUCUUGGACGAAACUAAAAAAUGGAAACUAAUAGCUACUGACAGCGACGGAGUUUUAGAAUGUGUGGAAAAUUAUUCCGAAAUCGUCAAAGAACAAAAAGAUUGGUGGACAACACGAAUAAAACAAAUCAACACUUGGCUCGACCACAAAUCGAAGAAGAGUUGAAUUUCUUUACAAUAUUUUUUAUAUUUAUUACCUAAUUCUAUAUGAAUAAGUUUUGUUACAGAAAUUUUUCUAAAAUCAUAUGCUACAAAUGUUAUUUUUAUUUGUUCUUAAAAUAUUAAAUAAAUGUUUUCUUAACAAGUUAAACAAUAACCUAACCUACGGAAUAGUUAUUUAUUCUCGACGAAGCCUGUCACUCAGUUACUCUUCAAUUGUAAGUAAACAAAGAUUAUAUCAAAUUAUCAAAUAUCAGAACACUUACUACUUUUUUCAAGUGCAAACAUAAGUUUUGUUGUGUAAUGUAAUGAAAUAUAAGUAUAAUAGUAAUUAUUGUAGCUAUAUUAUUUUAAUCUUUUGUUACACAGUCACACAAAAUAAAUAAUUUUUUAUUA